GGGCGGUCCAAUUAGGACGAAAAUUUACUUCCGGGGGUCGGGAAAACUGAUUGUAAGAAGACAGUGCCAACUCGACUGUGAAGUGAAUGUCAGGCAGUUGGGGAUGAAUCUACAACGUAUUUAACUUCUCUUCACGACCGGAACAUUGGUACAUUUCUGCCGCCAUAUUCUGUAUUCUGUUGACCGAUUUUGGACUUGUGACGACCACUGGAUCUUCAUAGUCAGACAUCAACGACUCACAUGUUUUAUGUGACUCGUGCUUCGAUCACCCAAAACUCAGUACUACUUCCUUCUACGUAUUGUGAUGACCGAAGACAACCCGAAGGCUCCCAUGCUGUAGGUAGAUUUUGUACCUGACGUUCUGUAGUUAAGCUCCGCACAAGGUGCUCUGGACUCCUGCCGUUAUUUGGAAGAAACGAUGGCUGAAGUGACAUCUCUCGCCGCGGUCAGUAGCGAAGAUAUCUUCGCCAUUAAAGAGAAGAUUCGGUGUCUUGAAGGACAGUUUCUGACGCCCGACCUCCUGCUGGACACACACAAACUGCCCCAGCUGGUGAAAGUGACCUACGCAGAGUGCGAGGCGCCCGGACUGUCCAAGAACGAGAUACUGCUCCUCCAUUUCACCUACAGCAGUAAAAAGGUCAUGGCACAGAGUUUGAGCCAGGAAGGCGGUAUUUUGGUUGGACCGGAGCUGAACAUACCACUCGCCUACCCUGGUCGCUUCGAACUCCUACAAAGUCAAAGUAACGUCAAGGUUUUUGAGCGGCUUGAGGAAGUCGUCAGUGAGGACUUGCAGUCCCAGAUGCCGGUGGUAAGGCUUCUGGUAGAAGAGGACAUUCUGAACAGUGAGCUCCCUCCCUCCGGUGUCGCGUCUCCGGAGAUGGGGACCGCGACCACACGCCAACAACAGCUCCUGUGUAAACAGGGUGACGUCAUCACGAUUCUGUAUUCUCAACCGAUAGAGCCACCCGCACCUGUGCAACAGCUUCAAGAGAUUCCUGAACUACAAAAGAAAGGGCUCGGCCAGAAGCUGAAGGGCAAGUUCAAGGGCAAGGGGAAAAUGACUUCUCAGAUGGAGAACAAAGAGUCUGAAGAGCAAAGGCAAAAGUUGAUUUUCACUUGCAGCAACCAAGACGGCGAACUGGUGACCUUGCCGGGUGAACUGAAGGCGCGGUUCACCCUGAAGCCGCUAGAGUUUGAGAGUGGUACAACCUACACGGUGGAAAACAUUAUCGACAACUUCAAACUGCCGCAGGACGUCAAACUCGUGCACGGAGACUGCCCUGGGGAGGACGACGAGUUCACGGGGUACGUCAGGCUGUUCCACACGUACAGGGACGAAGUGAUCGUGGGCACCUCCGUUCAAGACGACGGGCAAAUUUCACAGGUCGAGUUUUCUAUCAACACAGACAUCCAGUUCAGUCCUGCCGACCUGGAACUCUCGGAGAACAAGGAAAUUCUGCGCCUGUUUCAGUCCAACGUUCGCACGAGCGUUCUCGUGGACAGCAAGAACAUGGAUUCGUUCAUCCUCGUUAUGGGUAAACCGUACUCCUCUAUAUACCAGGACAGAACCAAACUGUUCAAGCCCGCAGAUCUUGCAACAUACCCAUACUCAUACGCGAACGUAGGAGACAUCGCCCAAGUUGCGCCAACCAACCCUAUAUACGAGGAAACUCCCGACUACCAGGAUCCCGACUUACAUAAGACAGUAGUCCCAUCAGCACCGCCUAUAGAAGAGGGCAAUAGUGUUGGGUACUACUCUCCUGUCGAACCACCGACAGAAAAGGAUGAUUCGACAGAUAAAGUUGCAAAGCCUGAAAUAAAACCACGGAGAAAUAAAAUGCCCCCAACAGCGGUGCCUGUGGGGUUUGUGGGCGAGUUGAAAAAGGCACAAGAGUCAAAGAAGACCAGGCCGCCUGUACCGCCGAGACCCAAGGGCUCAGCUACAGCAGCGACAUCGACAUCCGACCGAAACACGAGUGAUGAUUACACCGAUUUGACGGGUGGCACUUACACCGCACUGAAACCAAUCACCACGUCGACUGUUGAAGGCCCCACAUCAUUUGCCGCCUUCGAAAAUACCGUGUACGACACGUUACAUGAUGUAACGCCCGAGGGAGACCACCCAGCCGCUGGGAAACGUGCGUCCUUCAGUGUCAAAGACUUGGUCAAGCAGAUGGAAACAAAAAGUGAAAUCAUUUCCUACAAAACACCACUCAACAUACCCCUCGCGCUACCCAAGGAACCAGAGCAAGAGGAAGAACAUUAUGAAUUCCCUCCGCACUCAUCUGAUGCACCUGACGAACAAAGAGAAAACAAAGGAGAGAUGGAGUACCAGUCACCACCUCACGUCCCCAGCCGCUCGCCUGAUGAACAGAAAUGUCACGAUGAUAGUCCAACCUAUGAUAGCCCGAAGAGCCCAGCCGUACAAGCGACGCUUCCCAAGCCGUCAGCUACUGGCUACAUGCAAGGUACAAAAGGGAGCCAUGCGUCUCAGCAAGUCCCUGUCGGAGAAGAUUCAGAAACACACUCUGACUACGAUAACGUAACCGAGAUCUACUUUGAGACACCGGCAAUGACGGAUCCACCGGGCAAAGACGAACACGGACAGUCGGCAGACCCGUCACCAUGGGUCCCGCCGGACGACUUGUCGACACUAUCCGUCUCGGAAGUGACGGCAUGCCUACGUCACCUCGGCCUCGGAAAUGACGUAAUCGCGGCGUUUGAGAGGGAGCGGAUAGACGGAGCUCUGUUGUACGACGUGGAUGAGACCAUCAUGACACAGGACAUGAACUUGCGCAAGUUAGACGCCCUGAAGAUUCUGAAGUUCAUUCGGGGAUGGAGACCGUAAACAUCCCAAGAGCAAGUUUAACAGUGAAGCAAGAAGCAAAACUGUAGGUUACUGCAUACCUAAUCUGCAAAAUGACACUGUAUUUCAAUUCAUGAUUGAAAGGAUAAACAAAAGGAUAGAAGCAUGAGAUUGUCAUGGAAUGAUAAUGAUAUGGCAAAUUCAGUGGUCCUCCAGAAACCUCCCUGUAUCCAUUCAAAGGAGUCAUGACAUAAUAGAUGUCUUAAGAAGUCUUCAAGGGGGCUUAGUUAGGUUGCUUCCUAAUGUAUCCUAAUAUAUGUAAAAAGCGUAGGACACAAUGAUAGAGCAUAAAAUGUAUUUCAUUCAUUAUGACGGUACUUUCAUCUCCAUAGAUCCAUCCAUUACUGUCUGAAUUAAUUUACUAAGGCACGCUUCUGGAUACAACAGGUCAUAAUGUGUAACUUACCCGCCAAUAUUGCUGUGCCAUGCGUAGCCUAACUAUACAUGUACUACUAGGAAAAAGCACAAACCAGAUAUGCACAUAUUGUACUUUAUUGCCUUGCCUGAGGCGUGACAUUAUGCUACUUUAAGAUAUAGAUCUAUAUAAUACAGGAUGCGAAAAUCAGAGAAGUUGUUGCUUGAACCAUAUAUUGUAAUUAUAAUGCAAUGCUUUUUAGAAGACUGAAAUUCACUCUCAAUUCAUGGCAAUUUACGCUUCUAUUUGAAAUUUUUAAGUUUGUAGGACUUUUGCAGUCGAAAAUAGUGAAAGUACCAUUAAGAGUACAUGCAAUAACCAGGCAAACUGGUUAUUAAGACAACGCCGUAAUCUGGAUCGAAUGACACGACCCAUGCAUAUGAAUUCAGUUAUAAAUCAGAUAGUUGACUGGUACUGUUGGCCUAUCUGAUGAGUAUGUGUUCCCGCUGUGUGAAAAUGGGGAUGACAUGAUUUUCCAACUUGUCAAUAUUUAAUCCAUGUCAAUUAACUAUAAUGUACGCAAUAAAUGAGAAUGUUUUAACAA